AGGUCUGUCACCACUACAACCCGAAGAGGUGGACGAAAAAUUAUUUCUCAGAAUUAGGAGCCCUGUAAGGAGACCUAUCUUGAUAGCCUCCGAGGCUUCCCACUCUCCAGAGGGCAGCUGAAGAAUGAGUGAUGAUGACAAACCUUUUGCUUGCACAACUCAAGGAUGUGGCAUGCGAUUUACCAACGAGGACCAUCUUACAGUUCAUAUGAAGAAACAUGAUAUGUCAUUGGCUCUGAACACAGGAAGUAACGUGUCACCAAACCACUUGUUCCUGGAUCAAACGCCCACACCUACCAAGUUUUUACGAAACUGUGAAGAAAUCGGACUAUUUCAGGAGUUAAACAAGAACCCAUUUGAAGAAGCUUUCAAGAAAGCGUCAGAUGUUGAUGUCCAACCAGAUACCCAUAUUCUCAGCUCAAGCAAAGACGUUCGUAUAUCUCCAUUAUGUGGCCCGCGAACCCCCACACAGAACUCCGGGGUGCCUUUACCUGGACCCCACUCCAACUCCCGCUCACUCGACACUCCGUCUAGCACCCACCUCACCAAGACAGUCAGUCACGAUGACACACCUACUCCACAAACAACGGUCAUGGAGGACGUGCCAGCUGAGGGGAAGUCAUCACCAAACAUUCCAAGUUCACAUUCAGCAGCCAGCCAGGCUAACCAGCCGACGUCCACCACCUCUGAUGAUGAGGUGGUCAUCAUAUCAAAGACACAGGCAGCUGAUAGCUCCACACCUACCACCAAGACGCCCCCGGUUACCGUGGAAACCACCAACCCUGUUCUCAUCUCCAUGGAGCCACCAACAUCCAUGUCGCCUUCGUUGCAGCCCUCCAGUGUGAAUCCCCCGGUAGUGGCGUCCCCUCAGUACACCAUGCAGGUGUUACUCCAACUCCCCACAGGCCAGACAGUUCCCGUACAGAUCCCUGCUGCACUCUCCACCCAGGCUGUACAGGUCUCUUCCAUACCCAUCACCCCCGCCACACAAAUCUUGGCCAGUAAGACCAGCACUGCUCCCUCAUCAAGUCCCCAGCAACCGUCUCUGGCCAAACAGAAAUUAAAGGCAGCUCUUCAGCAGAGUGCCCAGAACUCUAAGCUGAUCACCUCCUCUUCCCCCUCCCAUACGGUGUCUCCCCCCUCAACAGCCUCUGUAGUGGCUGGGAGCAGCACAGUGAAGACUGUGAUUCCCUCAGGGCUGCAUGGGUUACCUGUGGCAGCCACAGCAUCAGGAUCAGCAGUGUCCAGCACCCCUCACUCUACAACCUUCAACAGUUGUUUGGAGGACUCCAGCGAUGGCUCUUAUAUGGACAUGGAGGGGGUGGGCUCCCCUGAUAGCCUGGACUCUGUAUCCAUUGGAGGAAUAAAACGGAAGCGGGAAGAUGGGGAUCCAGAGGACCGAAGGAGGAAGUUUUUAGAGAGGAACAGAGCUGCAGCUGCACGAUGUCGACAGCGACGGAAACAGUGGAUCACAAACCUGGAGAAAAAAGCUGAGGAGCUGCAGAAUACAAACAACAGAUUACAGAGUGAGGUGAACUCUUUGCGGAAUGAAGUGGCUCAGUUGAAGACCCUUCUGCUUGCUCACAAGGAUUGUCCAAUCACCUUACAGCAAAAGUCCCAGGGACAGCUCUCUAUACAAACCAUUUCAAUGCCUGUGGUAGACGGGAUGUUGAUAGACACUGGAGAUGUGGCAACAGCAGAGGCUAUUGCGACAUCCGCCCUGACAAACAUGGCACAGCGAGGGGUUAUCGAAACAGACGAGGGGCUGGAGAUUGUCACACUGUCGCCAAAAGUUCACAUCAAGAAGGAGACUUGAAGCAUUUUGCGAAACUUUCUGUGGUAAUUUGUCGUCUUACUGUAACUUCAGCCAGUUGUCUUUAAAUUGUAUAAGUUUAUGUCAUUGAUGUAGAAUUCCUUGUGGAAUUUUGUGUUGUUUAGAUUGCUUCCAAUGAUCAAUGACUCCAAUGACAUCGCUUAUAACCAG